AAGAAUCCAACUUGGCCUUCUUCUUCUUCUUCUCAACAUAACAACUAUCAACAUAUCGGACCACCACCAACCCUAAGGAAUCCGUCUUAUUUUGUAUUGAUAUGUAAUUAAAAAAAAAAAAAACAGAAGAAGUGACCGGAAAUUGAUGAACCACUUUCACAAGAAACUAAUGAAUUAGCAGAGAACAAGAAAUAUAGAAGCUAGCAAGGGAUCAGAGAACAGAGAUCAGAGGUGAGAGAAGCCAUGAAACCAGAAAUAACAAAGCUUGGAAGCUCUACGCAUGUGCCUUGUGUGCAGGAACUGGCGAAGGAAUCAAUUACAACAGUACCAACGCGAUACUUGCGUCCUGAUCAAGACCCCCCACUCAUAUCAGAUACUGCUUCUCUACCCCAAGUCCCUAUAGUUGACAUGCAAAAGUUACUUUCAGAAGAAUCCAUGGCUUUGGAGAUAAAUAAGCUCCACUGUGCAUGCAAAGAAUGGGGUUUCUUUCAGCUGAUAAAUCAUGGAGUGUGCACUUCAUUAGUGGAAAGAGUGAAGAUCAAAAUUCAAGAAUUUUUCAAUCUGCCAAUGGAAGAGAAGAGGAAAUAUUGGCAAAGACCAGGAGAAAUGGAGGGAUUUGGACAGGCUUUUGUUGUGUCUGAGAGCCAGAAGCUUGAUUGGGGAGACAUGUUUUACAUGAUCACUCUUCCACAUGAAUUGAGGAAAUCGUACUUGUUUCCCGAGCUCCCUGUCUCAUUCAGAGCCACCUUGGAAUCUUACUCGACAGAAAUGGAAAAUCUUGCCUUGAAAAUCUUCAACCUUAUGGCCAAAGCUCUUGAGAUGGAACCUAAAGAAAUGAGAGAAAUAUUUGAAAAAGGGUGCCAGAAAAUGAGAAUGAACUACUAUCCUCCAUGCCCACUACCUGAGCUGGUCAUGGGUCUCAACUCCCACACCGAUGCAGUUGGCCUCACCAUUCUCCUUCAAGUCAAUGAAGUGGAAGGGCUGCAAGUCAAGAAAGAUGGAAAGUAUGUUCCUGUUAAGCCACUUCCUGAUGCUUUUAUCAUCAAUGUUGGUGACAUUCUGGAGGUUGUGACAAAUGGAAUUUAUAAAAGCGUUGAGCAUAGAGCAACUGUGAACUCCGAGGAAGAGAGGAUAUCUAUUGCCACAUUUUACAGCCCAAAACUAGAUGGAGAUAUGGGUCCAGCACCUAGCCUUAUUACUCCGCAGACACCAUCAUCAUUUAGGAAAAUUGCAGUUGCAGAUUUCCUGAGAGUAUUUUUUUCCAAGGAACUGAAUGGAAAAGCAUUUCUUGAUUUCUUGAGGAUUCAAAAUGGGGAAGCCUAAUGAAUUGAUUCUAUAUAUAUAUAUAUAUAUAUAUAUAUUGUAAGGGUGCUAGAAUCCGACGAUGAGUAAAUUGGAUUUACCUGUCUGGUGUGCUACAGAAAAUAUGAAAAAAAAUAGUGAAGAGGAUUGAAUUUUAUAUUAAGGAUUCUGAAUUCUUUACAAUGAGAAGAAUGGUAUGUAUACAUGAUUUGUUUGAUUGUGUUCUA